GCGAACGCCAUCGGCUGCUGCUCGUGUCACAUCGCGGGUGCAGACACAAACUGACUGCGAUGGUCACGAUCACCGAAGUGGCGACGGCCGAGGCCUUCAUGGCGGCGACACUGCCGCUUCGACUCCAGGCGCUCGAAGCCAGCAACCUCAUUACCAUGUCCAUGACGCAGUCGCCUCCGACGCCGACCAAGACCAAGUGGUUCUACCUCCUCUCGGGUGACAGCGAUCACACGCCCACGUCCUUUGCAGUGCUGACAGCGAACCAAGGUCCGUCGCUCGGACCCAACAUGACGUACGAUCAAGCUUUUGCGCUGGGCGAGUACGUCGCGACACAAGGCGUGACGAGCGUGACCGAGAUCCACGGGUACGAGCCCAGCACCAAUGCGUUCGUUGACGGCUACCAGCAAGUGCACCCCGACACCACGUGGCGCACAGGCGGCGAACCUGGUCUUGUCUAUCGCCUUGGCACACUGACGCCACCAGAGAAUGCCGCUGGGGCGCUGGUGCCGGCCACGGACGCCGACAUCGAGCCUCUUGUCGACUGGAUGAUCGCGUUCAAGAUGGACUGCUACGGGUCGGAACUGCCGCGCGAGGUAGCAACCGCAUCCGUCACGUCCUCGAUUGCCGCCGGCCGCAUGUUUUUCCAUGUCGUCGACGAGACGCGUGUGGGCUUUGGCGCGUUCGCGCCGCCCAUGACGACGGCCGACACGACCGUGUACAUGCUCGGACCGAUCUACAUUGUGCCCUCGGCGCGGCGUCGGGGCCAUGCCAAGGCGCUCACAUCUGCCCUCGCGCUGCAUGUUGAAGCGAUUUGUCCGACGCAGGCGAUUGCGCACAUGCUCAUUUCCGGUGCGGACAACAAAGCGUCCAACCAAACGUAUCGGAGCCUCGGGUUCGAGCCCGUGGGUCUCCUCGUCGGCUACUCUCUCCAGGCGACGCCAUAGUAGGUACUAAAACCGACAGUAAUAUCGUCCUCAUAACGACUACUCAUUUCCGACACAUGCGUUGCUAGCUGUGUAUGGACC